AGCCCAACAACAACUCACGUGAUGGAGAUCCAAGUUGGCCAAGCCGUCGAGCUUAUGGCCGUGGAGAACGCUGGUCUCGACAUCACAGGCAAGCGCGGAACGGUGACGGAGAUUCAGAGUCACGGACUCGUCAGCGUUUCGAUUGAUGGCGGUGGCGACGUCAGCGUUUGGCCAGAAAACCUCAAGGUCGUGUCCGGUCCGGCGGCGGCAGCGGCGGCAGCAGCGGCGGCGGCCGGAGCGAGCGCUCAAAUCAGAGUCGAUGCGGUGCGCAGUCACAGGGCGGCGGCCGCCGCCGCGAUCCCCGGAUUCGCGCAGAUUCUCGCGGAGGCGACGGCGACGGCUGGCGGCAUUGACGCAGUGGACGGUAUGCUCGCUCAGUGCAAGGCGUUUGAAGACCAGUCGCUGGAGAUGCACCGCGGUGGAUCCUCCGCUGCGGACUGCCUUGCAUGGCUGGACGCGAAGCUUCUCUCGAUGCAGCUCGAGCCCGACGCCUCGGCCGUGUGGCAGGCGUUCAACAGCAUGGUGGAAGACCGCAAGGCUCCCAUCGACGUCGUCUACCUCGAGCACCCGACGAUCCCAGGGUGCUUCGCCGCAGUCGUUGCGAAGGGUGUGAGCUUCGAGGCGAUCCAGCAGGAGUUCAAGAGCUCACUCGAGCUGAGCGUGGACAAGGUCCAAUACCACGUCAACGGCACGCGCCACGUCGCGUUCGACUCCGCCGGCCUCGAGCUGAUCUUUGCCGCUGCGGCCAAGGAGGGCAAGACGUCCUGCACGCUGCGCCCAUUCGAUAUCGCGGCGACGCUCAAGCAGAGCGGGGCGGAAGGCAGCGUGCGUCCGCCGUUCACCGAGGCCUCCCAGCAGCCGAUCGACUGAUUGGUCGAGCGCCGCGGCGGCGUUGGGGCGGAGAGGGAAGGGGCAGACCGCCAGGGGACAUCUCUGUUUGCGCAUCCCCCGUACCAGGCAUGUUGAGAGUCGAGAAUGCAGCCGGCGCGUCGAGGACCGCUGCGAGGAGCCUUUCGCUUUUGCGGCCCUCGCACGCCUGUGGGGCAAUCGGCAGGGUCAGGCGGCAACAGGGGCCGUGUGCGGAGGCGAAUGAAUGCCAGAAUGGUUGAGUACAGUCGCACCGCGGCGGUGGUUGAGAGCGGGUUUACGUUGUGUUUGAAAGCGUGCUGCCC